AUGUCAAGGUUCAAGCCAUUUUCAGCUCUGGCGGCUAUGAUUACAGGGAUUUUUGGUCUUCUGUAUACACUGUACUUCUCACGGUCACAGUACGACACUGCAAACUUAAUGAAACUUAUCACUCAGGUUAACAGUCUGACUGAUAACACAUCGUACUACACACAUAUUACAUUCAAAACUCAUAAAGUGAAAUUGGAUAAAAGCCUCAAACUAUUCCAGCCCACAGUGUCACAACAGGAUGUGUACAUUAUGCAGGAAAUCGUCGCAACUUUCUCCAUAGUGAUGACUGAGGCGUCCUUGACCUUUUUCCUCUACAGUGGAAGUCUGCUGGGGUCGUGGCGCCACCACGGCCUGAUGCCCUGGGAUGAUGACUUGGAUGUUGUUGUCCCGUCAUGGCAGAGGGAUGCCGUGAAACAAGUGUUGAAUGGCCUCAAGCCGCACUUUCUUCUUGAUGUCAAACAAGGAGUCAGAUGGAAGUUCUUCUCCGCUCGGUCUCAUUCUAUCACUAGGGUCACUUGGAAAUGGCCGUUCCUGGACAUCUCAUUCUACGUGGAGAACAGAACCCACAUGUGGGACCAAGACCUAUUCUCCAGAGACUUCAUCUUUAACAAAGAAGACGUAUUUCCAUUGUCUGAGCGUCCGUUCAUGGACAUGAUGCUUCCUGCCCCGAGAAACACAAAAGCCGUACUGUCCACCACCUACAACGUUAGCGAGUGUGCAUCGGGGUGGUUCAACCACCGUGAAGAGUACAGAAUUACCGGCGAACUCAAGUCAGUGCCGUGUGAACAGCUGCAGCAAGUCUUUCCGUUUGUCAGGCGCCAGGCUGCAGUAGGCGGCCAUGGAGGUUGUAGAGAGAGUCUCGUCUUAAAUGGAAAUGUGUUGGCGUGGGUGGUGCUGAGCGGUGUGCAGUGCUAA